UGGGAGCCGUAAGCAGCGGGGAGGAGGCGCUGCAGCCCCAGUAACAGCGGCGGGGGCCGGAGCAGUCAAAGCCGCGGGCAGGAGAACAGCCGCCCGGGUCUGCAGCCGAGUCGGUGCGCCGGAGCCGGAGGGGCCGAGCGGGACACCCGAGGGGCUGGUGCAGGGGACCCCAGAGGCGGGCGGAGGACGCAGCAUGGCCCCGCUCGGCGGCGGCAGCAGCAGCAGCCCGGCUCCUGCCUCUGCGCCUCUCCGCGCGUAAGGGGCCCCGUCUCGCCAGGUGCGCCGGAGAGAGGCGCAGGCAGGGAGCGCGCCAGCCGCACAGCCCCGCACCGCCCCGGGGCCGGGGAGCUGCGGCCACUUGUUCAUCCCGCCGGGGUCCCUCGGCCCUGCGCCUCCAGCUGCGGCGCUCCGGGCUCGGCGCCCGGGCACCGAGGUUGCCCCCGGGGAGCUCCCGCUGCGCGCGGCUGGAAGGGCCCCAGCCAUGGCCAAGGACCCGCUGAAGCCCCGGCUCUGCCACAUGAUCAAGGGGGAGACCGGCUACGGCUUCCACCUGCACGGCGAGAAGGGCAAGAGCGGCCAGUUCAUCCGCAAAGUGGAGCCCGGCUCCCCGGCCGAGGCGGCGGCGCUGCGCGCUGGGGACCGGGUGGUGGAGGUGAACGGGGUGAACGUGGAGAAGGAGACGCACCACCAGGUGGUGCAGCGCAUCAAAGCGGUGGAGUCUGAGACCCGCCUGCUGGUGGUGGAUAAGGAGACAGACGAAUACCUGUGCGGCCUGCGGCUGACGUGCACUGAGGAGAUGGCGCACGCCGGGAUCCCGGUGAACUCCAACGCGUCGCCAGCCAAAUCGCCCGGCAGCGACAACGGAGACGUUUGGAAACCGCAGCUGGAGCUGAGCGGCGGGAGCCUCCGGAGUCACUCGUCGCACAGCUUCACCUCGGAGAGCGGGAAGAAGGAUGUCAAUGGACCAACACAGGAGCUGCGUCCGCGUCUCUGUCACCUUAAGAAAGGCCCCAGUGGCUACGGGUUCAACCUCCACAGUGAAAAGUCCAGACCUGGGCAGUUCAUCCGUUCGGUAGAUCCCGAUUCACCAGCCUCUAAAGCGGGCCUCCGACCUCAGGACAAGCUUGUCGAGGUGAACGGGAUAAAUGUGGAAGGCAUGAAACACUCCGAGGUUGUGUCAAACAUCAAGGCCAAGGAGAACGAAGCCAAGCUCCUAGUGGUGGAUCCCGAAACGGAUGAAUACUUCAAGAAACUGGGGAUAAUCCCCACGGAGGAGCACAUCAAAGGUGGAGUGCCUCAGCCUAUUACUAACGGGUCUGCACAAACCCAGCUGAACGGAGGAUCCAUGUCUUCAUCCCAUAGUGAUCUUCAAAGUCCUGAGAAGGAAUCAGAGGAGGGAGAGUCUGAGAAGAAGGACCCAUUUGAGGAAAGUGGCCUGAACCUGAGCCCGACUGCGGCAGAGGCCAAGGAGAAAGCGCGCGCCAAGCGGGUGAACAAGAGGGCUCCGCAGAUGGACUGGAACAAGAAACGGGAGAUUUUCAGCAACUUCUGAGCCAGGACGGCAGGUCUUCCCCUUCUCCCCACCCUCCAAACUGAACAUCUCCAACGCGCACCAGCCCCCUUCCUGGCUGUCGACCCAAGACGCUUUGUGCUCUGCUCUUCAUUGGUCGCUUUUUGCAAGGCAAAUUUUUUACAAAGGGUCGUUUAUGGACAAGUGAUUCCAGUAGAAAGAUGACCAAAGCUCCUCUCAGCACUUACCCGGCUGCCUGCGGUUCCCACAUUGCUGCUGAAGAAAGACUGGAAAGAUUUCAGUUUUCCUUCUUACCUGCUUUAUUUCAGUUUUUACUAUUUUGAGCUUCCCCCAGCCGCAGAAUCCCUGGUGGGAUAUUAUGCAUUCCUGUUUAAAAGCCUCGCGCCGAGGGCUCCCAAAGGGCAAACUCUUAUUCGUUUCAAUUCAAAAUAAUCUAGUUUGUUUAAAAAAAAAAAAAUUGAAAAAAAUCCCACUCUGAGCUACAGUGUUGAAUACUCACAAGGUGGGAGAUUGGUCAGUGGCUAUACAUUU